AUGAAGACCUCCCAAAUCGCAUUUUGUGCCCUCCUCGUCUUAACCUCGGCCCAGAAUGCCGUUGUGAAUAAUCACUGUACUGAGUCUGUCUAUAUACAGUCAUUCCCGUAUGACGGUAGCGCCCCUGGCCCCCUCACCACCGUUCCUAAUGGGGGAACUUUCUCUGAAUCAUUUAGAUCAUCUGGCUCGACCGUUAAGAUAGCCAAGACAAAGACGCUAGAUAUGCCUCUCUUCUUUGGUUACUCGUUCUCAUCCAACCCCGACUACGCUUACUAUGAACUGAGCACGGAGUGGGGUAACCCGUUCGCAGAAAGUCCUAACUCGCUUAGUCCCGGUGACGGUUGUGAAGUCUUCGACUGUGCGGCAAAUGAUGCCGCCUGCUACAGCACCCCGGCUCACAAGAAGGUCUAUGGGUGCCCCCAGCCAGUCAAUUUGAUGGCAGACCUGUGCCAGUAA